AUGAAAUAUUAUGAGAAUUUCUGCCAACGAACUUGGAGGGAAAAGGAGGAACUAGAGAACUUCAUCCGUGAGAAAGAAGAAGACAUUCUUCGUUGUUAUGGAGGGGCCAUUGAGCCUGAUAUUGACUUUGUGAAGGUAAUUCUAAUUGAUGCCUGCUUCAUCCUUGAACUCUUUUUGAGGAACUGUCAAACCCUUCCUUAUCCUCUUCUUCAAGAACUAUAUGACUUUGCCAACCCCUCCUACUCCAGUUCCAAUCACGGAAAAAAUGUUCAGGAGAAAAAAGAGGCGGAUGACCUGCAACACUGCUUUACUUGCUUCCAGCCUUGUUUUCCAAUUUCCCGCUCGACCCCUUCUGAUGAUCAUCCUAUAAAGAUUGAGAAAACCGAACCUGAUCACCCCUUUCUUAAGCUUACUUGUGAGUUCUUUAGGGAAUACACGAAGUCACAACCCAUUGAGAAUGGAGUACAAGUGAAACAUUUCACUGACUUGGUAAGAUAUUUUUUGUGGCCAACCGAAAAAAUGACUUGGGUAGGAAAUGGCGACUGCAUCCCAAGUAUAUACGACGUAAGAAAGUUGAAGGAAGCAGGGGUGAAGUUUGGGCCAAAUGAAGGUAGAAUGCGUUAUUCGAAACGUGAUGGCCUUGGAGCAGCUUAUGUAUCCAAAGAAGGCGUAUGUUUGCAGUUACUUUUGAUGCUGGAUCAGCUUGUGGAUACUGUGGACGAUGUGAAUGUGCUGAUUGAAAGCGAAGUUAUAGUUAACUUGCUAUGCAGCAGCGACGCAGUGGCGAAACUGAUUAAUUCACUUUGUGAGCAGAUUAUGGACAGUAGAUCCUGCUAUACAGACAUCUGUAAACAGCUUAACAAGCACUACGAGAUCAGCUUCUGCAACCGUAACAUUUCGAUCCUGAAACGAGUUUACUUCAAGGAUCUUUGGACGGGCAGUUCAACUAUUCUUGGACUCUUUGUGCUGGUAUUCUCCAUCAUUGGAACCAUUAAGUCUCUCAUGUCAUAA